AUGAAGAGUCAGGUUGGCUUGGUCCAGGAGGCCUUUUGGCCGUAUGAGGGAGGCUACUUGCCCGAGGAGCGAUGCGAUUACAAGUAUUGCACCAAGCCCUGCCACAAGAACCUCACGGAUGCUGCAACCUACCAGCACAUUAUAGGACCCAUCGGUCGUGUGCGAGGAGCUCUUUGGGCAACCCCGCUUUGCGAUCCUGGCAGCAACUGUGACAACCAGAAUUUGGAAAGCUUGAGACGCACCCUGGUGCAGCUUGGCCCCGUCGCAGUUGCUGUGAACUCCAAGAAUUGGUUCCACUACGCAGGUGGGGUUUUGUCAUACGAUGCGUGUGGCGGAAGCACUUGGAAUGAUUUGGAUCAUGCAGCACAACUGACGGGCUACAACACCACUGGAGAGAAGCCGCACUGGAUUGUAAGGAACCAAUGGUCAACCACUUGGGGUGAAAACGGCUACAUCCAUUUGGAGUUUGGGAGGAACACCUGUGGGAUCGCAAACAUGGCCACAGUACCUUUGGUGGAUGGCAUGCCCGAUCUCAAAGACAUGCAAACUGUCCAGAUGCUUCAGACAUCACAAGCUGCAGAGGCAGCUGAAGCAACUAGUAGAUCGGCUCCUUUCUUCCAAUUGUAUCGCCAGGCAGUUGGGGAAGCGCCGAGCCUUUAA